AUGAUUUUCUGUGUACCUCUAGAUACUGAUACAACCUGCCCUACUCCUGGAACCGUUGAUAACAUUGUACCUUCACCGGCGAAAAACACUUAUUCUGUAGGAGAUCAGGUUGAAUAUGUUUGUCCAACUUCCAGCAGUAACGAUGUACGUACCAGAACAUGUACAUCUAGUGGAACAUGGACAGACCUGGGUUUUGUUUGUGGAGCAUGUCCUGAAGGGUGGGGCAUGGUUGAUGGAAGGUGCUACAAAUGGUUCGAUAAAUACCUUACGCGUGACGAUGCUAAAACGUUCUGUGAAGGUCUUGGUGCAGGACUAGCAGUCAUCACUUCACAGAAACAACAUGAUUAUGUCUACAGGAUAGUGCUCAUUGACGCAGAGGAGAUGCAGGAAGCGUGGAUUGCACUGAAGAGAAUUGAUGGCCAGUAUAAAUGGGACGAUGGUACAGAAGUAACCUUCGAUGGGUGGAAAUCCGGUAAUCAGUUGUUGCAUUCUGAUGUUUAG